UAGGGCAUCAAGGAGGGGUGGGGGGAGGUCGUUCGUUGCACAUCCACUGAACUCCACUGGAGCCAACAUAAGCACACUGAAACAAACAAGUCAAACAAAACGUUGCUUGCCUAUUCGGCAACGAUCUCACACCACACCUAUUCAUAAUGCUAUCGAACCCGAGCGGUUAUCUUUUACAAGCAGGCCAUGAUUUGCUGGAUGAAGAGAGCCAUAUUACGCUCGCUGGGGCGAAAAUGGUCGGCAGCCGCAUUGCGGACAUACUCCUCACUUGGCGAGCGUUUGCAUCGCGAACUUACAUCACGGAACCUCCCAUUGAACUUUGAUUAUCUGCAUACUCAGCCUUCUUAUCUCCUAAGCCUGACACUGGCUGACACUCUCCCGAAGUCUCCGGCAUGGUCGCAUAUUCAUACAUCUCUUCCUUCAGUUAACCGCGCACCUCGUAUGCCAGCCGGCCACCACCUCGUUUACUUUCCUCCACAGGUUACGCUGUCACAGUUACUACCAGAUGGUACCGAUGUCUUACAUAGCCCCGGUGGACCUUUUGAUAGGCGUCUAUGGGCCGGAGGAAGAGUCAAAUUCCCCGUGUCAAGAGAUCUAACUCUCAACGGCGCCCGUGCCGUCUGUAUCGAAUUAAUUCGUGACGUAAUAGUCAAAGGGCGCGAGGGGGCGGAGAAGGUCAUUGUCAAAAUAGAGAGGCGAAUUGGAAUAGUACAGGAGAAUGAAGAAGAGAGCAGUAUCAAAGAGCGUAUAUGGAAGGAGACCGAAGAUAAGACCGACCACGCCUCAAUCAUUGAAAACAGGGAUCUAAUCUUUAUGCGGAAGAAGACGCAAGAUGAGUUGAGUCAUGACAAGGCGAAUUUUGAUAACAACCAGAGGGUUCUAAAACCACCCCUUGGCCCCGACUUCCGCUAUACAAUUGAGCCGACAAAAUCUCUUCUGUUUCGUUUCUCUGCUCUCACGUUUAAUGCCCACUUGAUUCACCUCGACGAGACCUACACUCGGAAUGUAGAGGGCUACCGGAACCUUCUCGUACAUGGACCAUUGACACUAACGCUGCUCCUCACCGUCCUUGAAGCCCAUCUGACUAAAUCAAACCAAACUAUCAGAGAACUUUGUUAUCGAAACCUAGCACCGCUUUAUGUUGAAGAGCCUCUAACGAUCUGUGGAAAGCCCAAAAUCGGAAAGGACGGUGCAACAUGGGAUGUAUGGAUUGAAGGGAAGAAUGGAGGUCUUGCUGUCCGAGCUACUGCACUUCUAAGCCCCGUUUAAACCAGCAUGGGCACUGUCUUAGUUCCACUUGAACACUGGUGUAAAACACUGUAUUUCACGCAUUUAAGCUGCGUAAGGCCAUGACUCUGAGCAACAACUGCUGUACAGUGAAUUACAAUCGUUAUGUUGGGACCUUGAUAUU